AUGCGUCGGAUGAAAAUGAAUUUAAACCCAGAUCUGGGCGAUCUGGAGGAAAUGUUAGCGCAUGUGCAAACGCAGAUCGAACACGAGAUCGAUUUGGAGAAGGAAUCAAAGAUGCCGUCCUUGAUGAAUGUGCAGGAGUCGCCGAAAAUGAAACGAUCCUCCUCUGUCAAUAAAGCUGACAGUUUCGAGUACAGGCGUCCAUUGCCGAGACCCCAAUUAAACAGAAUAAAUAGCGAUAAUGCCAAUUUGGAACACUAUAGAAAUGAAUACGGUCAAACUAACUUAACACAGAAUGGUCUGAGAGGAUCGCAAACAAGCUUAAAAUCUGAUGAUGCAGCAUCUCAGAUUUCGUUUCAAUCGUUCAGAUCUGAGCCCGUUCAGCGGCACUCGGUCAUGAGUCUACCAGAUAAAAGGGAUACAGCAUCGCUUAAUGGGAAAUCGAAAACUGCAACUUUGCCUCGAGGGUAUGGAUCCACGAGGGACAAAAACUGGGAGGAGUAUUGGUCACAUGAGCAGUCGAUAAGCAGCGCACGCGCAUCUGUUAUGGUGUACGACGACAAUAUGAAGCGAUGGAUCCCAUCGGGCUCCAGCUCGGGGCUAUCCAAAGUGCACAUCUACCACCAUACCCAACACAACACAUUCAGGGUUGUGGGGAGGAAGCUCAAUGAUCAUGAGGUGGUUAUAAAUUGUGGGAUAGUUCGUGGAUUAAAAUACAACCAAGCGACCGCAACUUUCCAUCAAUGGCGCGACGCUCGACAUGUAUAUGGGCUUAAUUUCUCUUGUCGUGAGGAUGCUGACAGCUUUGCGAGGGCCAUGAUGCACACUUUAGAGAUCCUAGCAAACAAAGUCGUUAACAAUACAGCGCCACCCCCGCCCCAAGCCCCGAACCCGCCAGUACCGUACAAUGGACACAAUAACACGCAUUAUGACGAAGAUAUGGGUUACAGAACAAUGACAAGAGAAGACGCGGCGAUACUCCAACAGCCACAAUACCACGCUCCUCACCACCAGCCGCCGGUACAAAUGCAGGUGCAGGUCCAACACCAACCCCCCCACCAGCCCCACCACCACCAGCCGGCCAGCCAGUAUCAUGCGCCCCAUCAUCAUCAUCCGCAAGCUGCAGUGACGAGCGCGCCGGCGCCGCCGCCGCACGGCGUGCACACGCUGCCGCACGCGCCCGCGCCGCCGCACGGGCACCACCGUACUAACAGUGCGCCAAUGCCGCCGAACAUGUCGCUGUCGGCGGCCAUGGGCGCGCCGGCGCCGCCGCCCGUGCCGCCGCACCAGAACCUGCCGGCGCCGCCCGCGCCGCCCGCGCAGCCCGCGCAACCCGCGCCACCCAACGUAUGGUCCCAUAGCACCACCGACGCCGCCCGCCGCGCCACAGCCACCGCCCAUGCAACAGCAGCCCCCGCCCCAGCCGCAGGCGCCGGCGCCCCCGCCGCCGCCGCCGCCUCCGGGCGCCGCCCCCGCCGGCGCGCCGGGCGCCGCCCCCGCGGCCGCGCCGGCGCCCGCGGGCCCGCCGCCGCCGCCGCCGCCACCGCAGCCCCCGCCGACCCCACGGGGCUCGCCGCGCAGCUGCAGCAGGCGAGGCUCAAGAGGCAGGCCAAGCAGCAGCAGCAGCAAUCUGCGGCAGCUGCGGCUGCGGCGACGGCUGCGGGCGAGGCGUCGCCGCCGGGCGCCGAGCAGCCGCCGAACGCGCGCGGCAACCUGCACUGCAUGAUGCACGAGAUGCAGCGCACGCUGGCGCGCCGCCGCGCGCACCUCGCGCACCUCGACCGGAACACUAAUGAGGAGUCGUCUACGGAGAGCUCCGCGUCGUCGACGCCUAUGAAGUCGUGGGAGCGCUCCGCCACGCUGCCGCACCGCCUGCCGCAGGCCUGCAACGGUAACGGCACACCUAAUUCUGAAACUCCUGCGCCGGCGCAGUCGCCCCGCGCUGCGCGGAAACGCUUCGGCUCGGCCAGUGAAGAAACUAUACUUAAGCAAGUGAACGGCGGCAACGAUAACGGCUGGGUGCCGGCCGCCGAGUUGGAGAGCUUCAAGCAGGAGUUGGUGCGCGAGAUACGUGCGCAGUUCGGACACAUGAAGCGCGAGAUACUGGACGCCAUGAGGGCAGAGUUGGCUCGCAGG